AAGCCAACCUUUACGUCAAUAGUGCCCCCAAUACAAGCGCUCAUCCAGCUUGCGCUCGACCACCAUCAUCGAUGAAUCUACGAACGAUCGUCCAGGCGCGGCCUCACACGGCGUGUAUCUCAGCUGCAGUGGUAUUCUCGCUGUUCGCACUGACAAUGUCUCCCUCAUUUGUUCCACUGGUCGGCACGCUUGCAGUGCUGCUGCUGUACGGCCCCGUCCUCUACCACCGGCCAAAUACCGCAGGACACGUCUCUUUGCUCUGUCUGUUUGUCACCCUCGCGAGCACCGUUGGCCGGCUUGUGCCUGCGCUCAGCGCUCUCUCCGAUUCAGGGCAAUCGGUCGCAGUGCUUCUUGUAGCAUCGGGGAUCAGCUCGCUCCUGGCUAUCUCAGCGGUGGUAGCGAACGUCCGCCUUUCCCGGGCAGGAUGGUCCCAAGCCAUGGUCUUCCCUGCCAUCUGGUCCUCGCUGUGGAUCACGCUUUCCCACAUGCCGCUUGGAAGGCUGACUUCGUGGAGCCCAGUGACGGGGUACUCUGCGUACGAAUGGAUUCUUCCCUACACUGGUGCUGUCGGCCUCGAUUGGAUUGUUGCCGGUUGGGCCGUGGUCGUUGCUGAUGCUUUCGGUCUAUGGUACAUGGGAGGCGGCCCAGAUCCGGAAGAAGGCGAACUUUUGGAGAGUAGUCGUAGGCCUGAGACUGACAAGCAGACUUCGGGUUCUAUGCUGACGCUGGGUUUGUUCUUGGUGGCCCUCACUGUUCCCUCCUUUUUGCUGCCUUCGUAUCCGACUUCCACUGAUGUGAUCGAAUCCGUGACUCCAUUCGAAGUCGCGUGUGCACUCCCGGUGCCCCAACAUCGUGACGGCGCUCUGACCUUGGAUGACUACGUCGAUGUCAGUAAAUCUGUGAACAGCCGUGUCAAGAUAGUGCUCUGGCCGGAAAGUGCUGUCAAGUUCACCAGUGCAGCUCAGAGAGAUGAUGCAUUCGCUUACAUUCGGAAGCAUAUUGGCGCUGCCGGAACUUACUGGGCUGUGGCCUACGAAGAGACUGUCACCGAUCCUCAGAACCUGCAUAAAACAAUCACCCACAACGCUCUUGCUCUUUUAUCAAACGCGUCGAUGGAGCCGCAUCUGGUGUAUUACAAGCGAAACUUGGUUCCAAUUGCCGAGUCAUUCCAUAUCACUGCUGGAGUCUCGCCUCCCGACAUGUACACCCUGCCUCUACAGAAACCCAACAAAGUUCCCAAUCAACAAUGGGGCGGUCGAACGCGACCUCUCAACAUCACUGCGGCUAUCUGCAUGGACUUCGCUGCUCCGUCGCCGUUCCAGGACCUUCCGUCGCGGCCAUCGCUCAUCCUAGCACCGGCACGCACCUGGGACCCCGCCAUCGGCGCACGGAUGUGGGAAGAAGUCAAACUGCGGGCCAACGAGCUGGGAAGUGUCGCGCUCUGGUGCGACGGGGGUCCUGGGGGAGUCGGAGGCGUUGCUGGUCACGGCUUCCAUGACUUUUACCAGGCCGGUCCGGACGGUGCUUGGUCGCGGUCGUUGAAUAUCCCAUUCCCGUUCGAUGGGAGGCGGACGCUCUAUUCCCGGUUUGGCGAUGCGAUCAUCCUCGCGGGAUCCUGGUGCUUGGUGGCGGGGCCCGCGGGACUGCUAGCCUUCAGACGAAAGGGGGGCUUUUUUGCAGCUCAACAGUGGAUCAAGGGCAGGUUCUCGAGGGCUCCUGCGGAACCAGAUCGCCUCAUCGAAUUUUGAAUAAUUUCCGAUAUGUCACGUCUGUAUUCUCUCUUGUACUUGCUUCCUUUUGUCCAUGUACGCUUCUUCAUGUUGUCUCCGUGUACGCAAUAGUGAUGCUGUAGCCUUAUUCACGGAAUGGUCCGAUGUCAUACGCGUUAGUGUUGAACGUUGAAACGUUGACCGC